UGUUACAGGGAUCCCGUGAAUGUAGUUGCUCUAGAUUCUGACAACUCUCUGAAUUUAAAGAAGUGGGUGCACACGUCAACAUUUAAUGCAUAUAACCUUCAACAUAUGGCCUAUAAGUAUUACAAUUGUUACACAAUACGGAUGAUAUUUUCCACCCAGGUGAAAUAAUAGUUCAGGCUACAUCACACGUUCUAAACUGAUCUCGAUUAAUGAACACAACUGGGUUAUCUGCCAUAGUGUGAAGUACGCCUAUUGGGUAGUUCUAAUGCAUUAUUUCACCUUCGCCAUGCGUUUUAAUGUGACCUUGUUUCGUUUAUUCUUCAUACAAGUCUUUCCAGUAAAACGAAACUGAUAUCAGCCUAAGUAGGAGCAGUUUCCCCUCGUCGCCCAUGGUAUGCGCUAGAACAUAAAAGACGGAAACAUGAGCUAAAGUGCGUAUUCCGUGAAUUUAAAUCGGCAGAAGAGCAGCAUUCGCUUGACCAUGGCUGACGAAUAUGCCAUCAUUGAUGAGGAUGAGGUGAGGGCAGUGAGGGAGAUCAAGGAUGCACUGGAAAACCAGACGUUGACUUCAGCCGUGGCUAAGAUCCAGGACUACUUUGAGCAGAUUGACCGUGUGGAACUAAAUAUUGCCAUCACAGGAGAGUCUGGCUCUGGCAAGUCCACCUUUGUCAAUGCAUUCCGGGGUCUGGGGGACGAAGACGAGCACGCAGCUCCAACCGGCGUAGUUGAGACCACUAUGGAGCCAACCGUGUACCCCCACCCUAAAUAUCCCAAAGUCAAAGUGUGGGACCUUCCCGGGAUUGGGACACCCAAUUUCAAAGCAGACGAGUACCUUCAAAAAGUAGAAUUUGAACGCUAUGAUUUCUUCAUCAUCAUCAUCUCAGAACGUUUCAAAGUCAACAAUGUGCAGCUGGCCACAGAGAUCCAACGCAUGAAGAAGAGGUUCUACUUUGUUCGCUCAAAGAUUGACAACAGCAUACAUGCAGAGAGAAGGAAGAAGGACUUUGAUGAGGACAAAACCCUCAGUAUAAUUCGGGCAGAUUGCAUGAAAGGCCUCCUGGAAAAUGGGGUGGCAUCUCCCACGGUCUUCCUUAUCUCCAGCUUUGACCUGCAGCUCUACGACUUCCCAAAGCUGGAGGAGACGAUGGAGAAAGAGCUGCCCAAGCACAAGCAGCGUGUCCUCCUGCUGUCACUGCCCAACAUCACCCUGGACAUCAACAAGAAGAAGAAAGAAGCCCUGCAGGCCAACAUAUGGAAGGUGUCCCUGCUGUCAGGCAGCGUGGCAGCCAUACCCAUCCCAGGUCUGUCUGUGGUGGUGGAUGUAGGCAUCCUGGUCAAAGAGCUCAGCAGUUAUUACCAGGCUUUUGGCCUGGAUGAUGAAUCCCUGAAAAACCUCUCUGACAAAACGAACGUGCCUCUGGAGGAACUGAAAGUGGUCCUCAAAUCCCCCCUCAACAAGGAGAUAUCAGCCGAUGUGGUCAUCAAGUUGCUCACCAAAUUUGCCGGAGCAGGGUUAAUGUUGCUGGAGUACUGGGCCAGCACAAUCCCGGUGUUCGGCUCCAUGGCGGCCGCGGGAAUCUCGUUCGCCACCACCCACAGGAUGCUGAAAAGCUGCUUGAAUGAGCUGGCAGAGGAUGCACAAAACGUCCUGAUGAGAGCUUUGCAGACAGAGGUGUGAAGAAACUACUUCUCUGCAGUUCAAGUGCCUUUCUGUACUAGUGCCUUUGAUCUUGAUGAAGAUGUUCUCAUAUAAAUUAGGUUGUGUAUUUUUGAGCAAUAUGUAGUACUGUUUGUAUUGAAAAAAAAAACAGCCAAGCAAUCUUUGUAAUGAGACACCAUGGACAAAUACUUAGCAGGAUUGUUUAUUUUACAUAAUGAAAAUGAUCUACAUCUCAUGAAAUGUAUCCAUGUUCUGGUCUUUAGGUAUUAUGGGACAUUAAUUGGUGCUGGUAUUUUUUCUGGUAUAUUUCUUUUAUAUAAAACGAAUUAAUCUCCCAAGUAAUUAAAUCUGUAACCAAUAUAAUCUACCUAUGGGUUUAUGUUUAUCUAUGAAUUCUGUCUAUCUGUGCCCAUAUUAAAUUGUUAUGAAUUUGAGUUUGACCUUUUUUUCUGUAUUCUAACUUUCUGAAAAGAUAAGACUGAGUAAAGUUUGUGGAAAACAAGCCUAAA